AAUUUGUACCGUUUAUAAACUUUCUAUCUAGGAAUUCACUUCAGCUGAAAUUGAAGAACUUUUAACUUUAAUGAGUCAUUUCCAACGAGGGCGAAUGGAUGAACAGCGAUGUGUGUUAAAUCCCCAAGAUAUACCCAAAGACCAGCUCAAUCUGAGCACAUUACCCCCAGAUGCAGAAAAGCUCUUCGCCUUGCUGGCAAACUUUCAGGGCCGCCGGCUUGACGACCAGCGAAUGUUUCUCCCUUCAUUACCAGGAAUACAGAACGGCGGAACCACAACACCAUUAUCUGCUGCUGAGAGGGAUGCUCGCUACUUGUGUUACUUGGUUUCUAGACUCCAGGGUUCAAGAAUGGAUGAACAGAGAUGUAAUGCACCAGAAGUCCUCAAAAAUCUGUGCACUCCCUCUCCCCAACGCAAAGACUUCACGUUAGACACAGAUAAACCUGACCAGGAGCCAGCCUUUUUAAAAACUGACAAACAAUGGCAGGACUUAUCGGUAGACGAGCAGGAACGGUUCUUUGAGAUGAUAAGACAUGCACAAAGUAGACGUAUGGAAGAACAACGGUGUUUCUUACAACCCAGUACAUCUGCCACACCAAUACACAAUGGAGGGGCUUUAAAUUUGGCUUCCAUAGGGACAGGAGCUGAUGCAUUUGUCAAUAUUGUCUCUUCUAAUCAGGCCAAACCAAUUGAUGAUCAGCACAUUGCAUCUCCAACUCAACCAGAGGUCUCACCACCGCUUAUCAUGGUGAAUGAAGGAACACCUGCCACAUUGAGGAAGGACGAUUGCAGACAUACCUCUCAGCUCCAGGUGUCUUGUACAGAUUCUGCUCCUGCCUUGACCCUUCCCAAAUCGGCCUCGUUUACUCCUGAGACAGAAUUUCAAAAAGAUCAAGACUCAUCAGCACAGAUGACACUGAAAGUAUCAGUGAGCAUAACACCACAGCCAGGACUGAAAAAUGACUUUCAGGUUCCAGAAGUCUUUUUAACUCUUGGUGCUCCAGGAGAUAAUGUUAUAAUUCCCCUGAGCCCAGUAUUUGGUAGACCCCUAUCCUUAGACUUGAAUCUUGUUCCUAAAAAAGAUGCUAAUUCCAGACAGUGCUCUCCAAGUCAUGCAAGUCCCAGGAAAGCUCAUUCACGGCCAUCAUCUCCUUAUCGUGAUGAAACACAUCAUGUAACUUCAUGCUCAGAUGACAAAGGGAAGCUUUUGACCCACGCUGCCAGUCCAGUUGAAGAUUGCUCUUCCUCCUCAAAUGAAAAGAUUCUUCACUCAGCUCAGACGCAAAAAGGAAACGGUCAUGGAGAAAAAUGUAAAGGAUUUCUUGGAAAAGUAAAGGAAAAGACAGAGCAAGGAAAGGGGAAGGGAGCUGGGAAGAAAGAUAAGAAGAAUUGUAUUUCAAAGUAA